GUUCCUCAACAGCAUCUCCAGCCCGACACAGCUGGUGACCACGAUCCCAUACCAGCCUCCCAAAGUCUACCGCAAGGUGCUGGUCCUCGGCUCAGGAGGGCUCACCAUCGGCCAGGCGGGCGAGUUCGACUAUUCGGGCAGCCAGGCCAUCAAGGCAUUGCGCGAGUCGGGCGUGUUCUCCAUCGUGAUCAACCCCAACAUCGCGACCGUGCAGACGUCGUGGGGGUAUGCCGACAGGGUGUAUUUCUUGCCCGUCACCGUGGAGUUCGUGACGCAGGUGAUCCGGCGGGAGCGCCCCGACGGCAUUCUGUGCUCCUUCGGCGGCCAGACGGCGCUCAACUGCGGCAUCCGGCUGGAGGAGGAGGGCGUGCUGUCCAAGUACGACGUGCAGGUUCCAGGCCGCCCAAAUCCUGAGGAAGGGCUCGGACUAAACGGUGUGGUGGCGAGUCCGUGGACCGUGUACGUUUUGAUGUCGUUUUACAGCAGAGGCGGAACGAAGACCGAACGAGGGAGCACGACAACAAAACGAGAACAGAAAACAUGGUGCCCUACCCUGAGGUCUUGGCGUCGCAAUUGGCCUGCGAAGCCCCAAUCCUGCCCGCGCCGAUGA